CUAACUUUUAUUAACUUUAUAUUUUUGGGUGCGUGUAUAAGUAAGUAAGAGUUUCGAAACGCCUAAUUACCCCCAUUUUCUCUCUCCUCUACCCUUCCGUUUCUCUCUCUCCUCCGCACUUUCCGACGAACCAGUUCGACGACGAUGAUCAACGUCGAAGAAUCGAAGGCUUUGUUUUCGCUUCUCAGUUCAGAGCAAAGGUCUUUCGAUGAAGUUAUGGCGGAAUUCACCUCGAAAUUCUCUUCAUUUCUCCAUUUCAGGAUUUGCACUGCUCUCGCCACACUUAUCGAGGACAAACCCAUGCUUCUUCCAAAUCAACGUCUAUAUGCACUUUGCUUACUCUAUCAGGCGUAUUCAUCGCAGCAACCUUCAGAAAAUCCGUUUAUUUCUCUUCUGGUCAACGCUGCAUCUGAUGAAGAAGGUGCCAAGUACGAGAGGGCACUGAUUCUCCAUUUGCUGGGUUCAUCUGGCAACGGGAGUAACAAGGAGGUUCUUAAACAGUCCGCUUCAGACUAUGUUAAAGGCUUUGAUUCUUCAUCUGUUACUUUCCCAACUCUUGAACAGUUGCAAGAGCAAUUUUGCAGUAAAGUUCAUCCAGAGCCUUAUAACUGCUUAUUUAAGAAUGCUUCUGUCAAAAAUGUGAUUCCAGAUCCGGAUGUGGCACCUCAAUGUGAUGCAACUUCAGAAGAAUUUGACCUCCAACCUGGAGCCAACCCCAAAAUAGGAUCUGGUAAUAGAGAUGAAACAAUAACCGGGUUAUUACAAACUCUGUCUCUAGAGGGGCUAGAACCUAGCUGGGUCAGACCUCGUCCACCAAGGCUUCCUCUUCAAGAUGGGGAGCUUGUUUGGCUCAACCCUGACAAUAAUCAUGAGCUUUUAUGGGAUUAUGGCAUGUGUGCGGAUACAAGUAGAGGGGCAGCUGUGAGAGAUUUAAUUGCAAAAGCUUUGAAAGGCCCACUUGCUCCUGCGCAACAAGAGCAAGUUCUAGUGGAGUUGGCGAAUGAUCCUAAGUUGGUCUAUCACUGUGGAUUAACUCCAAGAAAGCUUCCGGAGUUGGUUGAAAACAAUCCCCUCAUUGCAGUUGAAGUUCUUAUCAAGCUGAUGAAUUCACCGGAAAUUUCAGACUAUUUCACAGUUCUUGUCAAUAUGGAUAUGAGUCUACAUUCUAUGGAAGUUGUAAACAGGCUUACAACAGCGGUGGACCUUCCCACUGAAUUUGUGCAUAUGUACAUAACAAAUUGCAUAUCCUCUUGUGAAAACAUCAAGGACAAAUAUAUGCAGAACAGGCUUGUCAGACUUGUAUGCGUCUUCUUACAGAGCUUAAUACGUAAUAAGAUUAUCAAUGUUCAAGAUCUCUUUAUCGAAGUUCAGGCCUUCUGUAUUGAGUUCUCACGGAUAAGAGAAGCUGCUGGUUUGUUUAGGCUACUCAAAACAUUAGAGUGAGUUAUGAGACAGACAACAAGUAACGUUAGUUUGUCGUAGCUUUAUCAUCUUGACCAUCAAUCCCGAAUUUUGUUUGACCAUUCUUGUAUAUAGUGAUAUUACCUUCAUAGAGGUUCUUUGUUCUUUGUAUCCUUAUUCCGAUAGGCGCAGGAUUUUUGCUGUAAAGAGUUUAGAGCAGGAACUGUUAUACUUCUAGCUUAUCUUUUGUUAUAUUGGGGAAUUUGGUAUUCCCAAUUCUUAA